AUGAAUCUACAUUCAGGAGAGCGCUCUCCUACCGAACCUAUUGUGCAUGAGGAACAGAACCAACGCCGGAACUCCACAGACUCUGAUAUGAUCCACUACCUCUAUUUUGAAGACAACGAUGGCUUUUUUCCACCUAGUUGGAUCGGAAAAGAGUCUCAGCAGGGACACCCGACCGAAAACAUGUGUGGCAACGACCUCGAGGGCCCUAGGGACACUAGCAAUAGUGCCUAUGCCUACAAGGGCAAAACAUAG